CACACGGCGGGGCCGGGCCCGCGCACCCCGAGCUCGGGGAAAAGCAGCAACUUUGCGAAAGGCAGUGCUGGGACCCCGCGGGGAGCGUGUGGGACAGCAGCGACUUUGUGAAAAGGCUCGCUGAUUUCAGGCUGCGGGUCUCUGAAAAAUUGCCAGUGUCCGGCAACUUCCUGAGAAAGCGGCUGAGGAGCGGCAGCACUGAGGAGAGCGGCGGGUGUGGGACAGCCUUAAAGGAAAACCGGCGGGUGUCUGAGGAGUCGUGGAUUUGCAAAGAUAAACAGCCCAAGUUUCAAAAAGAGCGGGUUUUCAAGGAAAAAUACAGUUCCGAACAGCGUCGGUGAAGAGGCGAGUGCCGGUGCUGCGAGGAUAGCGUUAUCCCAGCGGCUCCAUGGCUGCGCGGCGCUGGAGGGGUCUCUCCUUUGGGAAUCUCUCUGAUUGUCCCAACGGCUCCCGCUGGAUCAUGGAUGUGUUCGAUGAGUGUGCCCAGGACGGCCGGGAUGUCGCCAGCAUCGUCCUGGGGCUGGGCUCCAUCGGCUGCUUCAUCGCCGCAGCCUUCCCGCAGUUUUACCAGGCCUGCAGAACGGGCAUUAUGGACCAGGCUCUCUCCAUCUAUUUCCUGCUGGGAUGGCUGGGCGGAGACCUCCUCAACCUCAUCGGUUCCUUCCUGGCUGAUCAGCUGCCCCUGCAGGUGUACACGGCCAUUUACUACGUGCUGGCAGACCUGGGGAUGCUCUCCCUCUACUGCUACUACCGGGUGAAGAACGGGGGCAGAGCGUUCCCUGCUCCCAUCAACGCAGCUUUUGUGUUCCUCUCCGUGGGGUCCCUGUCCAGCCUCUCCCUCCUGGGCAGUGCCAGCACCGAGGCUCCAGGGCCUUUCAGAGGGAGGUCUCUGCUGUCAGCUCCUGGGGAUGAGCUUGGACCAAAGCCUUUCUCCAGGACUGAAAUCAUUGGAUUUACCAUCGGCUCCGUCUCCUCCGUGCUCUACCUGUGCUCCCGAGUGCCCCAGAUCUGCACCAACUACAAGAGGAAAUCCACCAGUGGGGUCUCCUACUCUCUCUUUGCCCUGGUGAUGCUGGGGAAUUCCCUGUACGGCCUCAGUGUCCUCCUGAAGAACCCGGAGCCAGGCCAGGGCCAAGGUGACUACAUCCUGCACCACCUGCCCUGGCUCGUGGGCAGCCUGGGCGUCCUGGCCCUGGACGUGGUUAUCUCCUUCCAGUUCCUGGCCUAUCGGAAAGGACGGCCUGGGACCCUCGAGGAGAGGGAUGCUCUCCUGGGGGAGCCGGAUGAGAGCCCGGAGAGCUGACACAGGGACCUGCCCUGCAGGGAGAGGAGGAGGAGGAUGCACAUGAGGAAGGUGGCCUUAGGGCUGGGCAGACCAGCCCCUCCAUCCUGGUGGCUCCUGGCAGAAGAGGCCCCGAGCCCGUGGGUGACACGUUGUGCUGCCGAGGCGGUGGCAGAGGAUGCUGCUGGGACACCUGGUGCCUCUUUGAUACCAAUGAUGCUUUCAGGAUAAAGGGGAAUUUUUGGAUACCUCAGUUGCUCUUCGCUGCUCCGGUGCCCCACAGCUGAGCCUGGUCACUGCUGCGUCUGCCAAGGGUGAUCUGGAACUUCCUUGGUGCUGAAAAACGUGGGGAGAGUGUGAGUGGGGAGGGGACAGGGAUGGCUGACCUGCCACAGACACGAGCACCCCUGUGACCUCGCAACUCCCCCUUCAGCUCCUUCUGGAAGGCACACAGGGCUGGAUCCAGUGGGAAAGGAACAGCAGAACCAAAGUGUUCACUCCGCACCUAUUUUAAUUAGCAUGGCUCACCCAUCUAUAAAACAUGUCCUUCCCCACCUGCCUCCCUUGGUUUCAUUUUACUGCUUUACUUGGCAGCUCCUGCCUCUUUCCUAAUGAGUCUCACAGUCCCA